GGUUAUGAGUGUAUCCUCUGUUUAGUAUCACCAAACUUAAUAAAAAUUAGAAAAUGGAUGGUUACCAAAUGAUUUUUAAGUAUUUGUUAGUUCUGUUGAUACAAAACGAUGCUAACAGCAUCAAACUAAGUGAAUUUUGUGCUCCAAAUAUACCUCAAAAUAAAUGUAUCAGUAUUUACAGACCAGAUGGACUACGAAUCGGCUGCAGUGGUGGAUUUCAUGGUGAUUUUUUAGAUGAAGAAUAUUUUUCAGCUCAUACUUUAAUGUUUUGUCAUUGGCCAUUUGACUAUUUUGAACCGGCAACAUCUUUGUAUAUAUAUUCUAAGUUAGCAAAAUUUACAAUAAUAAAUAGCGAGAUCAAAACAAUUAUUGGUGUUUUCCCAGAAAAUAUGCAAAGUUUAAAAACUCUAAAUUUAUCCCACUUAAACUUAGAACGAAUUGAAUCGUCCGCGUUUAUGCAUUUGUCUUCUUUAGAGAUAUUAGAUCUAAGCUAUAACAAACUUAAUCAAUUUUCUUUUUCAAUUAUUGAGGAUAUGACGAAAUUAAAACAAAUUUGGUUAGCAGGGCAAUCAUGGUUUUGUAAAAAUGAUAUGACGUGGUUACUUCAAUCUUCAAAGGAACCUUUUAUAUUCAAAGUAAUGGAUGCAGAUAAGAUGAUAUGUGGUGGUUAUAAAUACAUUGGAAAACCUAUGAUUCCCGUGUUGCGUCUUUUAUACGAAAUGGAAAAGGAAUGUCCUUAUCAACCAGAUAAUUGUAUUUGUACAUUAGAUAAUGUAGUUCGAGGAAGAGGAAAUUAUUUUUAUUUACAUCCUCUAAUAACCGUAGAUUGCAGUUAUAGAGGGUUAAAAAUGUUACCCAAAAAACUUCCGCAUAAUACAACGACAUUAUUAAUGCAAGGCAAUCAAGUAACAUCAUUAGAAGAAUUGCUGAACAAUCGGUAUUAUGCAAAACUUUUAGAUCUCCAUAUGGACAAUAAUCUUCUUAGUUCAAUAAGCAUAUUGGAAGGGUCUCAUUGGUUAGCACAAUGUAGAGUUUUAAGCCUUAAAGGAAAUAACUUAUCUAAACAGGUGCCGACCUAUGCUUUGGAUAAUGCUUUCCAAAGAAAUCGUAAUAUCGUUCAACUCUACCUAGGAGACAACCCUUGGCGAUGUGACUGCUUAUUUGCACCUUCAUUUCAGGAUCUUCUGAUUAAAUACCAAUCAUUAAUAAUAGACCAAUAUGAUAUUAAAUGUUCUGACCAAGAAGACGAUGAAUAUUAUCUAACUCCCAUACACGAUUUGCCGCGAAAUAGUCUGUGUAAGACUUCAACUUCUAGUCAUAAGAUAUUUUUUGAUGUAUUGAAUCUAACGUUAGCAAGUUUGAUCGUAAUUUUAUUUUUAAAAUUUUCCUAUGAUUAUAUACUUUAUAAAAAAUGUGGUAGACUGCCGUGGGUCGCAACCAAAUUACCAUGAAUGAGAAUAAAAAUGUACUUCCAAUUAAUAUCUUUAUAAGUUUAGCCUGUUAAAUUAAAAGUUUAAAAUUGCUAUACUAUAAUUAUUAAAAUAAUCAAAUUAAACAAUUAUGUAGUAACAAUCAAAUACUUAAGAAGUCAUUUAAUUUUAACGUAAUUUAAAAUUUCAUUUAAUAACAUUAAAUGUCUAAUUUCAAAAUAAUAAUUAAAAUUUUUACUUUACGAUAACAUAUUUAAGAUUUGUAUUAUGUUAAUCACGUAACACUUAUGUUAAUCAGCAAGAAAUAGAUUAUAAACAAAGUAUGUAUGUAAUGUGUCAAAUAUAGAAAAAAAGAAACGUUCGUAUAAUAUGAUCAACAGCAAUUAGCUUAUAUUUCAUAAAUUAAACGGUUAUAAUUAUUUACUUAAAAAUCGGAAUUUUUACUGUUUGUGAUUUAUUAGCUUCGAUGCGAAGCUGAGGAGGUACUGGUUUUACUAUAAUGUGAUUUAUUUUUUAUAAACUUCUUUGUAUAAUAAUGUUAUACACGGGGAUUU